AUGGGCUCCGAAAGGACAUCGCCCUUCCGUCCUUCCGUCCUUCCGCCCGCCCGCCUGAAAGGACGCCCAGGCCCACAUAGCGCGCUGAGUUACCUACAUGUAGUUAAGCAAUGUGAUGAUGGGAAGAAGGCAGAUGACAUGCCGUGGCCCGAGCGCACGAGUGGCAGCUGGCCCCCGUUGUUCGCGCGAAAGUCACGCCCUCCGGGACGGCCUACCAUGGGCUUCGGAGCACCUGCGUGAGAAGGAUCCCGGCCCCGGCAGGUUGCACGAUGUCCACACGCCGGCGCUGUGACAGAUUCACGCCGGAGACAACAAUGAUGGUCCCUGCCCCGCGCUCUCCCUUAUUGGCCUCGCCGCCGGGGCCUCCGCGACAAGCGAUCGAGCGGGGUGAUCGGCCGGGCCUGGGGCAGGGCGGGGGCCGCCACUUUCGGUGUGUGUGUCAGCCGAGCCGAGGUAAAAACCCCCAUGUCUGGCUCGGGCGUCCCGGCCGGGGCGUGAAAAUCGCCCUCGCCUCUUGGCCAGGCGCGGCCACACCCCCGGGCCCCUUGCCCGGGGUGGCAGCGAGGGAGAGGCUUCCCGGAAGGGGGGCGCCGGGGGGUUAAUGAUGGCUGGUCCUAUCGCAUUAAGCGCCGGCACAGGGAUGUGCGAAAUAGUGAACGGAGCGACAAGGCAGCUGGCGAGGAAAAAAAAAGAGACAUGACAAGAUUCCGACCUGCUGUCGAUGGGUCACAUCUCGAGCGAGAGAGAGGGGGGGGGGGGGCG